AUGAGAGCCAUUUUCCAAGAUAACUUGCAGCUGGUUUCCUUAGAGAACAUGUGCUGUAGUCGCCUGGAGGGUGUACGUCUUUUGCAGCAGUUAGCUUGUUUCAAUUCGCAUUCACUUAAAUAUCUUUUCUUGUGGCGUUUUGUCCUUCCCAAUGAGAACCCUCUUUUGGUCAACUACUCGUACAUAACAGGCAGUGGUAAGCACAUACCACGUCCAGAAACUAGACGCUGUUUCCUGCGGAGCCUGGCGGAGAUGAGAAAUUUGCGAAUAUUGGCAUUAGAGUACUCGCACAUAGCGGACAGCACCGGGGCAGCUCUUAUUUCCUUGCUUACCGUUUUGCGCAGACCACAUUUUCGUUUGCAGUUAAUCUGUCGAGAAGAUCAAAUUCCUGGCCGCGCAGAUGCGUCUCACGGUGUGGGCGGUCAUCAUAUACCCGAUACAGCCUGGCGUCGAGUUAAUAUCGCCUGCCCCGAUUUAUAUUUAUUGAUGGCUUUCUUCCGAAUACGGGACUACGACAACAUCCGUCGGUUCUUGACACCCAGCAUUCCUCUCCGGGAGACGCAUUUGCAAUUUGCCAUCGACCUAUUUAAACGGCAAAGGCAGGAUUCCGACUUAAGCUGCUUUAUUAGACAUAUUGCUUGGCGAUACGGGGAUACCUUGGUAACCCUUAGUAUUCACCAAUGGCGUGGCGCGAUCGUCCAACUACAGGGUUUCGUAGAACUGAUACCAGGGCUGGUGAGACUGCUGUAUAUAGGCCUGGUGGAUGAAGACGAUUUGCGAAGCUUGUUCAAUUUAAUAGCGUGCGGAGUUGCCAGAAAAUUGAAACAAGUGCAUAUACAAGUCCAGGAUGAAGAGAGGAAACGGGAAUUUUGGUCAGGCGCUGUUCGUAAACUAAACGAAGAAUUUAAAGAGAUCAUGUCACUUUUUGAUAUCGAAUUUUGUUUAAAAGUUUAUAAAAGUUAA